GGAAAAUUUCGAAAUGAAAACAACCCUCCACGUGGCACGGUCUCCCCCGCCCUUUAUCCCUCUCUGCCCGAUUCUCUCUGACUCGAUGCCUCCCCUUGCCCUUCCACACCGACACUGUUGUCUGGUUACUUCGCGCGGUUUAACCUGGCCCGAUUGUCAGUCAGUGCCAAGCUCCGAUGGCGCAAGGAACCUCCAGCCACUCGGAGUAGCUGUAUUCCUGUAGUACCUGAGAAUCACGUGAGACCAUUUCCAACUUGCGACGAGGGCCUCCAAGUUUCGGUGCGCCUGAGAGAACAAGAUCGCCUUCCAUUCGUGUCUCCUCCGCGAAUCAACGAAGAGCACACGAGAUUUUCAUCUCGUUUAAACAAAAUUAUAGAAUUGGCAACUCUUUGGAGAAAGAUCGCAUUCUUCCAUUCUACGCACGUCUCAUUCUACAAAACCAUCCAAAUAAAAUCGUGCCAAAUAUCGACUUGGAAUUUCGUCGAGAUCGUCCUUGAUGGUACAUCUCGAUCAUCAUCGAUCAAUCGAACCGUUGGAAAUCGUGAAAGCGGAGUAAGAAAAGAAGGAAGGAGCGAUAGAAAGAAUUUACGUAGAGGAAUUGAAAAGAGGGGAAAGAGGGAAGAGAGGCGUAUCGAUAGGCAGAGAGUAAGAGGGGGUUGGAGAAUUUCCUCCCCUGAAACUCGGCGUCAAUUAAUCUUGGCCGGGUCCGGUCGAAUCUUCCGGGUCUGAAAAAGAGCGGCGCGGAGGCAGCCGUCAAAGAAAACACCCACAACAAACAAGCGGGAAAGGAGCAAGAAGAGGGCCCCGGCAGCUAACAAAGCGGGCCGACGGACAAGAAGAGAGGCAAGGAGGCGAAGGAGAGAAAGGGUGAAGCGCGAAGAAGAGGAGGUGUUCCUCCUCGCCGGCACGUGCGCGCACCGGCCUCUCCUCGUGACUCGGAAGAAGGGCUUGGAUCCGCAGGAAGGAACGAAGAAGGAGAAGAGAAGAGGAAGCGUGCAAAGCGGAAAGUGGCGGCAGUGCGCCGCGGACCGUCAACGGCCUCGAAUGCUUGGAGGAAGAUCGAUCUUGGUGACGUUCCCUCGUGUCGUUGACGAGAGCAAGACGGAUCUGUGAUGUUGAUCUGUGAACGAGGGCCGUGGAGAACGUGAGAAGAUGAUCGAAGGGUGAUCGGGAAGAGGAAAGUAGGCUUGCUUUGGGAAACUUUCUUUUUCCGAGUGGUGGGGAUCGUCGGAUCCGGUACGGGACGGUGAACCGAAGAUGAGAAUAGAGCUGCAGAUCUCGGUAUGCCUGACGGCCCUCGCGUUAUCGACGAUAGCCGCCGAGGAGAUGCCGAGGAACACCGUCUCGGUGUCCUCCGGCACGGCCUCGAUCCAGAGCAACACGAUCCAGAAGCUGAUCAAGAUUCUGGAGAAGUACGGGCUGGAGGAGCAGAGGGGCCUGAAGAGGGUCUACCUGAGCAACAGAUCGAUCACGUGCAACGACGGAUCCCAGGCGGGGUUCUACCUGCGGAAGUCGCACGGAUCCAGGAGGUGGAUCAUUUUCCUGGAAGGUGGAUGGUACUGCUACGAUCACAAGAGUUGUAGGAACAGGUGGCUCAGGUUGAGGCAUCUGAUGACGUCGACGCAAUGGCCUGAGACACGCGACGUUGGCGGCCUAUUGUCUGCGAACCCCGAGGAGAAUCCAUAUUGGUGGAAUGCGAAUCACGUGUUCGUUCCUUAUUGCACGAGCGACAGUUGGAGCGGAACCAGAGGUUCGUUGAACGAUAUGUUCUCGUUCAUGGGGGCAGAGAUCGUACUGCAGGUGGUACGAGAUCUCGUUCCACUCGGCCUCGAGAACGCGAGCUCCCUUCUUCUUGCCGGCAGCAGCGCGGGUGGAACCGGUGUCAUGUUGAAUCUGGAUCACGUGCACAAUUUGGUUCACCACGAUCUAGGCUUGAAGCACAUCGCGAUAAGAGGCGUAUCCGACUCGGGAUGGUUUCUCGACAGGGCUCCGUAUACGCCGAAUGGUUUAUCACCGGUUGACGUUGUUCACAAGGGAAUGGAACUUUGGAAGGCGCGAAUGCCGCACAAUUGCGUCAACAAACACCGUAACGAACCGUGGAGAUGUUACUUCGGCUACAGGCUGUAUCCAACGUUGACCGCCCCCUUGUUCGUUUUCCAAUGGCUGUUCGACGAGGCCCAGAUGUCGGCGGACAACGUGGGCGCACCGGUGACCAAGCAACAAUGGGAUUACAUACACAAAAUGGGCGACAGCCUGAGACAAACGUUCGAAAACGUUACAGCGGUGUUCGCGCCAAGUUGCAUCAGUCACAGCGUUUUGACGAAAAGAGAUUGGCAAUUGGUCAAGAUAGACGAGGUCUCUCUGGCACAGGCGUUGCAUUGUUGGGAACAAAUGCCAAUUGGAAAUCAUCGAAACGUCACUCGUUCGCCAAUUGAGACGAACCAGCCGUGCACAAAGUCGUUGCGGAAGCUGGUGCGUUCCGGGUUGACGAAGGGAAACGGAACUUCAUCCGAGGCAGGAAGAAGCGGGAAAGGCGAGUCCGUGGCGGAGUUGCAGAAAGUCAGGAGCCCGUUGAAAUCGGUCAUGGGGAAAACGUCGUCGAACGUCGUGGUGCAGGACAAGGAGGGGAGGAAGAGGAAGAGGAGGAAGCACAAAGGGAAACGCAGGAAUAAGGAAGCGAGGUCGAGGAAGGAGAAGCACGAGCGAAGGAAAGCUUCGGGUCGGCGCAAGGGUAACAAGCAGAACAACGACAGCAACCACACAGGCAUGUUCAACGGGACGAGGCCGCAGCGGUCUGUGAUACCAUCUGGCAAACGGAAGUGUGUUCAGGGCUGCCACUUCCGAUUAAUCGAACGUUGCACUUGGCCGCAGUGUAAUCACAGCUGCCCGAAGCUGCAUAACCCGUUCACCGGCGAGGAGAUGGACUUUAUCGAGUUGUUGAAGAGCUUCGGUCUCGACAUGAAGAGCGUUGCGAACGCCCUCGGCAUAGACAUACAAACGUUGAACAGCAUGGAUCACGACGAGCUGUUAAAUCUUCUUACGCAACGGGCGAAUUAACUCGUCGCGUGUUAAGAAUAUAUUAUAAUUCGAUCCGAUAAUGACGAGGGAGCGAAGGAACAAGAGGUCGAUGAGGAAAGAUUUUGUUGAAAUCUUUGCAUAUCUUGUACACUUCGAUCGAUCGUUCGGUCGUUUUCUUCAUUGAGACCACAAUGAAACCGAAUUUUCUUUCGAAUCUCCUUUGACGAGGAAGAGAUUAAGAAAGAAGAAGAUUAAGAAAAAUAGAUGUUUAAAUCUGUUUUUCGAAUCCUUCCGGAAUAUUUCGAGGAAGGGAAUCGAUUGAAUUGUACAUAUACGUUCAUUUGUUAGAAUUUCUACGAUACGAAUAUAUAUUUGGAAAGCUUGGUCACGCGUGGAAUCGAGUCGAUCGAAGUUUUUUUCGAGAUCGAGUUCGCCAAGUUACUUAAUCCAAUGAGAAUUUCUUUUUUUUUUUUUUUUUUUUUGCAACGAUUCUCGUCGUUCUUGCGUGUGAAGCGAUACAUUUCACACGAUCCUCGCGAAUAGCCAAGUAUUUUAAUUAUUUAUUUCAUAGUUCGUAAGGCAGAGUGAACGGGCAUAUAAUCAUGUUGUUAAACGAAUAUUAAUUUACUCGACGAUCGUUCGUCGAAACUCUGAUCAGCCAUGAGGCUUCAUCUUUCACCACUUACCAAAACAUCUUUUCCUUCUUCAACGUUUGUACCUGGUCAAAUGAGAGACAACAGCAUAUUCGCGGAACAAUUGUUUUUCUUUUUUUUUCUUUUUUUUUUUUUCUCCACUGGUAGUUUCACGGAUCCACAAGCGAUAUACUUGUUCGUGUACCUCGUUCGAUAUCUUUGGGAUAUCUCAUAUCGUUGGAGGAUAUUGUUGGAAAAGAACGAAAUCUCGUUUCAAUAAUCGAACCCAAAGAUAUCGAAAAAAA